GCGCGCGCAGUGGCUGCUCGGAGGCUGAGCCGCGUUUCUGCCCGGCCCCCUAGCAGGGAAAGGCGGCUAGCGGAGGUAUGGCGGCUUCCAACCCUUGGGUCCCGGAGAGCUCCCCAACCGCCGCGGGGCUGCUGUUGGAAGACUACUUAGCCUCGGGGCUCGUCACUCAGGAGAUAUUAGAUUCAUGUAAGAAUCCUGCUCCUUUUUUUGUAAACUUCUCCAGAAUGAAGCAGAUUAAAGAUAUGGAAGCUGAAAUCAGAGAGAAGACCUUGGAAAUUGACCUCUUAACGCUAGAAAAAGAUACAGCAGAUGUUGUUCAUCCUUUCUUUCUAGCUCAAAAGUGUGAGACUCUGCAAAGCAUGAAUCAGCACUUGGAGACUGUGCUGAAAGAGAAGAGGGCCCUCCGACAUCGACUGAUGAAGCCUCAAUGCCAGGAGAACUUGCCUAUAGAAGCCAUUUACCACAAGUAUGUGGUACAAUUACUGGACUUGGCAGUGAUUUUCAUUGAGAAACUAGAAGCCCAUAUUGAGGCCAUAAGAAACAUUCCUCGUUUAGAUUCUAGUGUGAAGAAUAUGGAUAAGGCUUUGACAAAAAUGAGUGUCUUGGCAGGAGAGACAGAGGAACUGAUAGAAAAUAUACUGAAGUGGCGAGAGCAACAAAAGGAAAUUUCUUCUUCUAUCACCAAAAUAUUUUCUGGAGAUCUCUUCAAAAAAAGCAUGAGAUUGUAAUCCCCCUUUCAACUUUCCAGUCCAGAACUGAGGGCCAGCUGACUCACUUGAUACCAAGCGACACCACCCCCUAUGUUAUUUUUGUUUAUUUUUGUGUAUGUCUGGUGCCCAUUCAUAAUUGACUAUAAUGGGAGAAUUUAUAGGCUUUUUUGUUCAUUGUAUUCAUGAAACCUAUUUUUCUUAGUUUAUUUGGGGUUGAUUGUGACCAAAGCUGAUUUCACCUUUUUCUCCCUACAUGAAUGGAAUAAGAUACAGUAACAUGAAGAAGAAUGUAUUUCAUCUUCACUGGCAGCACCUGGACAUGGAAAGAAGUUAGUUGCAUACAUUUAUGCAUGACAGUUACCAUACUCACAACAAACUGUCCAAAAUGGUGAAAAAUCUUUACAAACAAAAAGCUCUGGAAUUAGGAAAGCUAUUUGAAUCUGACAUUGCCCAUACUGCUUUUGGAUCUGUCUCAAGGGUAAUCAACAACCUCUUAGUCCCUGAACGAGAAGAACAAAGGCUGAACAGGUUGAUAGUUGGCCCUGGCAGGUCUAAAGGGAUAGUUACAGAGGAAGAAAGAAACUAGAACCAAGUGAGACUAAGGGAAAAGGUACAACAAAGAGAUGCAGAUGGUGGGAAGCGGUGCCAGUAACUCUUGCAGAGUGCAUCCAGUCCUACUGGUACCAUAACUGUCCUCUCAUAUUUUUGGAUCUUUUUUAUUAAAUAAAAAGGAAUUGAUAUGUUUCUGUAGUUCUGAUGUCUGCCUUUGUACCUCAACACCCACUUAACCACAGACACAGAAGAUGCAUUUUAUAAAUAUGCUGACUUGAUGGAGGCUUACAACACCUCCUUGUAGCAAAUGACUUUAUUACACAAUAUCAAGUAUGAAGUAAUUAGCAAUUGAACUCAGUUACUUUUUUGGAAGUUAUUUUCCUGGUAAAUUAAUGAGCAAUCAUAUCCUGAAAUCUCAUGGAUUUGAUCAUAAUUAUCUCCCGUUAAUCAUCUUAAGGCAAAACCCAUUAUUUCCAGAAAUAACCUAACAUCAGUCUUUGUCUCACAUACUCUCAGAAUUUUUCUCCAUGUAAUUGAGAUUGUGUUAGCUGAUUUUUAUGUUUAUUCCUUGCAAAUAAAUUUCUAUAUUGCUGUUCAUUUUUUUAAAAAAAUGUUAUUAUUAUGAGCUUAAUAAAAUAACAAGCAUGGACAUUUCUCUAUAUAAAGAACAGGAAAAGCGGACUGCAUAGAAAAUUGUAAAUAUCUGCUUUGUACAGUAAUUGUGAGCUCUCUUUCAUUAGAUAGGGGACCUGCCAAAGAUCCCCUUUAGGGCAGGGACUUAUUUUUGCCUUUCUUUGUAUGCUCAGAGCUUCACACUGUGCCUGGCAUAUAGUAAAUGCCUAAUAAAUGCUUCUCAAUUUGUCUGUAUAACUUGUGGGUAUUGUGGGUUUUGGGUUUGUUUUUUUUUUGCAGUUGUUAUAAAUCAAUCCAAGUUGUAGUUUAUUUUUUUUUUCUGUAUUUAGUGUCUUUCUGUUUCUACUAUAUAUGGAGGUGAUCCUGGGAACUAGAUGACUAUGCCAGUUUGGGCAGGUUCUGUUGGAUUGAAAAGGCUUUGAGUUUGGAAAGAACUUUUGGAAAGGCCCAGCCUCAAACCUCUAGGGUUGAAGAGGCUUAUCACCAGAUUGGCUACCUAGGGAUGAUUUUUUCAGGCUCUAUAAGUCUCUAGGGUUGUGGAUAAAAUGAUGAAAGGGUUGUAAAAGGAUGCCCAUUCUGUUGAAAUCACAUAUUCUAAAAUUACUGGGGCAAAAACAAACAAAAAAGUUAUCCUUAAAGAUACAGAGACUGCCUCUGACAGCUCAAAGUGAGUGUCUAUGAUAGCAAUUGUUUCUGUUCUGGUCAGAAACCCAGACGGUCUCCUCACAGAUUGAUUCUUUUGGAAAGGCAAACUAGGCCAUCUUUUGCUUCACUUUUUACCUAGCCUUAAAUCACUGAAUGGGUGUUAUCUCAGACUGAGGCUUGGGAAAGACCUGAGCUUCAAAAGGCCAAGGUCUCCCACUGCAUCUGGGGUCAUCUCCAGUCAUCCUGACCUAUGUCUUACCACUGGACUCCCAAUGACUCUGGAAGAGAAAAUGAGGCUGAUGACUUUGCAUAGCUCUUCUUCACUUAAAUGCAGUUCGCUUUCAAGUCAAAACAUCUCCCUCCUGAUGUCAUUGGUCCUCUUUGAGAACGAAGGACAAACAACAAUAAUAAAUGCUGAGUUUUAAGUGCCUACAGCUCAGUGAAGCCAUGUGUUUGUUUGACUCCUCAAAGCACGAGGUAAGUGCUGGGGCAUCCAAGCACAUUCGCAACUAUUCACAAGGAGCCAACUAGUCAUUUGUUUAGUCCUCUGUAGUCAGCUAUGCUCUGUUCAGUCACCUUUUGAUGAUUCAUACUAAAGAGGAGUAUACAAUGGAAAAUUGGAAGUACAAAUAUAUUAAAGUAUAUUAUCACAUUAAAUGUAAAUUAAUGUAUUUGUGAUUAUAUCAAAAUAUUUAUUAAAAUAAAAAUAAGUUUGGGAAGAAACAGCAUGGCAUAUUAAAAGAAGACCCAGCCUUGAAGCCAGGAAGGCCUAGGUUUUAAGUGCUUCUGACACUUAAUGGCUUUGCAACCAUGGGCUAAUCAUUUAACCUCUCAAUGCUCUGGGCUGCUCUCAGAGACUCUGAAGUUAAGAAGAAAAUGCUGGCCUGCACUGGUAAAGGCAUUUUCCUCACACAGGAGUUUCCUGUAGUGUAUGGGAUGUUCAGGGAGGACUAGCACCUGUGGUGUAAAGGUUGCCAAGCCCUUUUCAGGGCUGCUUAUCCACCUUUGGUGUCCUUCUGGCACGCAACUCUCACCUGUUGUCCCAAGAAGUUGUAGCAUGAGCAAUGGGCACACGCCAGCAAAACUGUCUAGGCAUCUGGGUGAGACCAGGUUGAAGAUAACUGACAGGCCUCAAACCCAUCAGUGAAUUAGGGUAUGUCUACCCCAAGCAUGUGAAGACGUCCCCUGGAGGAAUGGGUAGAUGAGACCAAUUUGUUCCCCAAGUGGCCCAGAAGGUGGGUGGCUGAAGGCAGGGGCCGUGAGUGCUU